AUGGAAAAUCAGAAAGAAGAACCAGUAAUGGGCUACCCAGCACCAGCAGGAUUUCUCCGUCCAUCGCUAAUAAACAACGCUCCACGCCGAGCACAUCCUCCAGCCGCGGCCACCACCGCCACCAACACAAGCGCAGCCAAUCCUUCUCUGGCGCAACCGGUUGACCAUGCCCAAGUCCAGCGUUUGGGCCGCAGUGGGAAGGCUUCCUGUUGCUUUAUUGGGGUGCUGUUAUUCGUUGUUGCGUGGAGAUCUUUAAGCGAUCCAUCACCGGAGUUCAAAAUCUCCUCGCUCUCGGUUUCUCCCUUCAACUCCUCCUCCUCCCCCUCUAUCCUAAAAGCCAAUUGGAACAUCACUUUCUCCAUCAGAAACCCGAACUACUUCUCCCAGAUCUCUUACGAGCAACUCCAGGUAUCCGUUUCAUACCAUGGAGUUCCUGUCUCAACCGCAUCAGUCGCUCCUUUCUAUCAAUUUGGGAGAUUAUCAAUCGGGAUGCACAAGAGAUUUCUGGAAGUGAUCAAUAUGGAGGCCUUGUCGUCUGCUGAUAAUGACGUCGUUAGUAGCAUGGACAGAGAUUUCCAGCAGGAUGGGGGCGCCGUGAACUUUACCGUUGCUGUGGAUGGUACAGUCAGAGUUGAUUUGUACGAGGGAGGAUACCGGCGCCCCAUGACGGUUUCUUGCAAUAACGUGAUGGUGGGACUUUCCGGUAACAAGACCGCUGCGGGUGCACUGCUCGGUGGAUCGAGGAAAUGCAAGGUCCAUGUUAAUUUCGAUGGAUGGGCAUAG